AUGGAGGAUAUUAUGUCAUCUUUCAUGCAAAGUCAAAUGUCCCUCAACGAGCAAACCACUCAAACGCUCGGGGAAAUCAAGAAUCAAAUGGCAAAGUUGACCAAUACAGUGGGGAUGCUCCAACAAGAAAAGGGGAAACUUCCGACUCAACCCCAAGUAAAUCCGCAAGGAAUUAAUUAUGUGGCGAGCUCUUCGGUGCUUAGUCUCGAGCAAGCCAAGUCUAUUACAACAUUGCGGAGUGGCAAAGAGAUUGAUAAGGCCAUUCCUCCAAAGCCUAUCAAACCAAGGGUUACACCCAUUGUAUCGCAAGCUCCGGACCCUCGUAUUGACUCACCAACCUCGGAGCCAUCUCCCGUUGGUGAGCAAUUGGCCAAAUCUCCCAAGGAAGAGCCGAAGGCCCCCGACACCAACAUUCCGGCUCCUUUUCCCCAACGUUUGAAAGCUCCGGCCCAUGCCAAUACCAACUCCGAGAUCUAUGAGCUUUUCAAACAAGUGAGAAUCAAUAUCUCGUUGGUGGAUGCCGUCAAGCAAAUUCCCACGUAUGCCAAGUUUCUCAAAGACUUAUGCACUCAAAAGCGUAAGUUGAAUGUUCAAAAGAAGGUUUUCUUGACGGAACAAGUGAGUUCUAUUAUUCAAACCAACGUGGUUCCCAAGUAUAAAGAUUCGGGUUGUCCAACCAUCUCAAUCACUAUUGGGGACAAGAAGAUUGAAAAAGCCCUCCUCGAUUUGGGGGCUAGUGUGAACUUGCUUCCGUAUUCUGUUUAUGAACAACUUGGAUUGGGGGAGAUGCGACCUACGCCGGUGACACUUCAAUUGGCCGAUAGGAGCAUUCGAGUCCCGAGAGGGAUGGUGGAGGAUGUACUAGUACAAGUGGACAAUUUUAUCUAUCCCGUGGAUUUCGUCGUGUUGGAUACUUGCCCCGUACCCACCUCACAAGCGUCAACGUCAACUUCGGUCAUUCUCGGGCGUCCCUUCCUAGCCACAGCCGAUGCCAUUAUCCAUUGCCGAAGUGGUUUGCUCAAUCUUACUUUUGGCAACAUGAAAAUGGAGGUGAAUGUUUUCAAUAUUGGGAGCCAAAUGGGGGACGAUGAGUGCAUCCAUGAAGUCAAUCUUAUCGAUUCUUUGGUCCAAGAGCAUGUGGACACUUUCUUGUACAAGGAUCCGUUGGAGGUGUGUCUUACCGCCGAAGAAGAAAAUUUUCUUGUCUCACCGGAGGUGGAGUAUUUAUGUUCAUUGCUUGACGUAGAAGAUGUUUGUGGGACGGACAUAUGGUCUCCUAAAUUCGAAGGGUUGCCUCCUCUCGAGAGCAAGACCCUUCCCUCGAGUAUUCAAUCACCAAAACUCGAGUUGAAGGUCCUCCCGAAAACAUUGAAAUAUGCCUUUUUAGGCGAACAUGAAACCUACCCGGUGGUGAUCUCCUCAUCUCUCAACGGCUCGCAAGAAUCCCAACUCCUUGAAAUUUUAAAGCGGCAUACCAAAGCCAUUGGUUGGUCUAUCACGGAUAUUAAGGGGAUCGAUGGUUCAAUUUGUUCCCACCACAUUGCCCUCGAAGACGAUGUCAAACCCUCUCGCCAACCACAACGCCAGUUGAAUCCCAUAAUGAAAGAUGUGGUGAAGGCGGAGGUUUUGAAACUCUUAGAUGUGGGAAUUAUCUAUCCGAUCGCUGACAGUAAAUGGGUUAGUCCUAUCCAAGUGGUCCCCAAGAAAUCCGGUGUCACGGUGGUAUCCAACGCCAACAAUGAAUUAGUCCCUACUCGAGUCACCACCGGGUGGCGUGUAUGUAUUGACUAUCGGAAGCUUAAUGCUAGCACCCGGAAGGACCACUUCCCUCUUCCUUUCAUUGAUCAAAUCUUGGAGCGGGUUGCGGGACAUGCUUAUUGUUGCUUUUUGGAUGGAUACUCGGGAUAUAAUCAAAUUGAGGUCGCCUUGCCCGAUCAAGAAAAGACGACGUUCACUUGUCCUUUUGGGACGUUCGCUUAUCGACGCAUGCCAUUCGGCUUGUGUAAUGCGCCCGGAACCUUCUCACGGUGUAUGAUGGGCAUAUUUAGCGAUAUGAUUGAGAAGAUCGUCGAGGUAUUUAUGGAUGAUUUCUCGGUGUUCGGCGAUUCAUUUGACGCUUGCUUGGAAAAUUUGGAGAAGGUUUUGGCGAGGUGUGAGGAGAAAAACUUGGUGCUCAAUUGGGAGAAAUGCCAUUUCAUGGUAACUCAUGGUAUCGUUUUGGGCCACAUUGUAUCAUCAAAAGGGAUCGAAGUCGACAAGGCCAAAAUUGAUCUGAUUGCCACCCUCCCGACCCCUAAAUGUGUCAAGGACAUCCACUCUUUCCUCGGGCAUGCCGAUUUCUACCGGCGUUUUAUCAAAGAUUUUAGUGCAAUAUCUCGGCUGUUGUGCCACCUCCUUUCAAAGGAUACUCCAUUCGAGUGGACUCUGGCCUGUGAAGAAGCGUUCAAGAAGUUGAAAUCAAGCCUCACUUCUCCCCCCAUUGUGCAAACGCCGGAUUGGAAUUUGCCCUUUGAACUCAUGUGUGAUGCUAGUGAUUAUGCAGUUGGGGCGGUUCUCGGGUAA